AUUUUUCUAAUCAAGCUGCUCGAACUGGAAAGAAAGUGGAGACCAGCAACUCCCCCACAACUUUUCCAGAUCCACCAAUCGUUACUUGUUUACCUCACUCACUGCCACCAAACACCCUCGCAGAGCUGCCAACAAAAACCUCUGCUCUUAGGGUUUUUCCCAACAACCAAACGCGCACAAAUGGCCACCGCGAUUACACCGUACCUAGCCCUAUCCUCCUUUCCGGCCCGAACAACGACCUCCUCCAACCAUCCUCUCCUCCUUCACCGAACUUACCACAACUACAAACCGUUUCUCCGGGGCUCUAUGGUCGUGUCCCGGGUCGGGUUCAACUCUCCCGGAUUCUUCCCCGACCCCGAUACGGCGGAGAGCUUGGUUAGGGACCUGUUUGGGCGAGCCGAGAGCGUGCUCUACACGAUUGCGGACGCCGCCGUUUCGUCCUCCGACGGCGUUACCGACGCGACCAAACAGAGCAGUGAUUGGCUCUCGGGAAUCACUUAUUACAUGGAGAGUGUGCUCAAGGUUCUGAAGGACGGGCUAUCGACGGUGCACGCUCCGUACGCUUAUGGUUUCGCUAUAAUACUAUUGACUGUUAUUGUAAAGGCUGCCACUUUUCCUUUGACAAAGAAACAGGUGGAAUCGGCAAUGGCUAUGCGCUCCUUGCAACCUAUGGUAAAGGCUAUUCAGGAACGGUAUGCUGGAGAUCAGGAAAAAAUUCAACUACAAACGGCUCGGUUGUAUAAACUAGCUGGCAUAAACCCGCUGGCAGGAUGCCUACCUACACUUGCCACAAUACCAGUAUGGAUUGGGCUCUAUAGGGCCCUUUCAAAUGUGGCGGAUGAGGGACUCCUUACAGAAGGCUUUUUCUGGAUACCCUCCCUGGCUGGUCCAACUACCAUUGCUUCUCGACAAAAUGGCAGUGGCAUCUCUUGGCUUUUCCCUUUUGUGGAUGGUCAUCCACCCCUUGGAUGGUCGGACACCUUGGCAUAUCUUGUCUUGCCCGUGUUGCUGGUUUUGUCACAGUACAUCUCUGUUCAAAUUAUGCAGUCAUCACAGAAUAACGAUCCAAACAUGAAGAGCUCUCAAGCGAUAACAAAAUUCCUCCCUCUAAUGAUUGGUUAUUUUGCUCUUUCGGUUCCUUCUGGCUUAAGCCUUUAUUGGUUCACAAAUAAUAUAUUGAGCACUGCUCAACAAGUAUGGCUUCAGAAGUUAGGGGGUGCAAACAUUUCAGCGAGUACAUUAGCUGAAGAUAUCAUCAAGAAUGAUGAAUUCCAGAUUCCGAAGCCAGUCGUUGAAUUGGGUUCCACCAAAAAGGAGGCCAGAGAAGGAGAAAAGUUGAAAUCACAGGGGUUACCUCCUGGUGAAAGAUUUAAACAGAUAAAGGAGCAAGAGGCAAGAAGACGACAAGAAGAAGAAGAAAAGAGGAAAGCUGAAGAGGCAGCGGCUAAAGGAACUCAACCAACCAAUGAGGGGCAUGAGAGAGAAGCCAAAUUACUUGGGAGGGAAAAUGGGGCUGGAGCUGACUCAGUUGCUGAAAGUAACGAAGAGGUUCAGUCUGUGGCUACCUUACACAGUUCUUCCAAUGUUGGAGUUGUAAAUGGUGAUCUAUCUGGUCAGGACUCGGAGGAAGAUCAGAAAAUGACGCCCAUGUUUAGAAUGGAAAAUGAUAAAGUUUCUACCAAUUCCAAGGUUGAUUGGAGUGAUGGUCAGCAAUCCUAUGAAAACGUGGAAAAGGAAACAGUUGAUGUAUACAGUAAUACGACUACGAAGGAUGACAACCUUUCUGGAGAAGACACACAGCAAGCCAGAAGGGAAUGAUCAGCUGAAAGGCGGGAACCGAUGUCACGAUUGGUUUCAGUAUUAACAACAUUGGCAAGCAAGUUAAGUGAAAUACAGUCCUGGUUGCGGCAGAAGUACACAGUUCUUGAAUAAUCAAUUCUGCAUCCAUGGUAGGAGGAGUUCGUCUUAAUAUACUGAGAGAUCUGUGGUUUGUUGGGGUUACAUUAUAAUUGCUUUAGCAGAUGAAUGCCUGAACCAGAAGAUCUUGCUGGUUAUAUGACCCAUUUAACAAGAGCCCUAAUCCAAAAGUGGUCUGCAUCAAUGACUUUUUCAUCCUCACUGCGACGCAAGGGCAUGUAUAUCAUCUUUAUCGGCAGGAAAGUGAAAUAUAGAUUUUUUUUUUUUUUUUCCUUAUAUUGUUUUUCUUUUGGUAUUAUAAAAUGAAUCGACAAUUUUCAUGAC